AUGCCCACCCACCACCACAUCCUCUCACUAGUAUUCAACGAAAUCGAGGCUCUCGACCUCUUCGGUCCUCUAGGCGCCAUCAUCCCCCGAAGCGACUAUUACACCGUCCAAUUCGUGAACUUGCACAACUACACCCCACCCCACGGUAUAGAAACAUCCAUCAAGAAUGGAGUCGGCCUCGCAGGGACCAUCACCAUGGCCGAAGCACUGCGCAAAGACUACACCUUCGACACCCUCUUCAUCCCAGGCGGAUUCGGCAUGAUGCCACUAGUCUGGGACCCGAUGCUAAUGCAGCAAAUCGGCCAACUAGUCGACCGCGCCGCCAACGUCUUCACCGUAUGCACCGGGUCGAUUUUGCUCGCUGCUACAGGCCGUCUGGACGGGCGUCGGGCUACUACCAACAAGCGGAUUUACGACGAUGCAACUCCCAAGCAUCCAGAUGUAAAGUGGCAAAGGCGCGCUCGCUGGGUCCAAGAUGGGAAGUUCCUUACUUCGUCGGGCGUUACGGCGGGAAUUGACGCGGGGUUUGCUUUUAUUGCGAAUACGUACGUCGCGCCUGAGGAUCGUCUGACUCAGGUGCAGGAUGUCGAUGCGCGCGGAGAGGCGACCGCGGUUCCUGGUCAUGUUCCCGAGAAGGCUUUGGAGUUCGCUCAUAUGACGGCGUUUAGGCUGGAGUAUCGCUGGCAUUCGGAUCCUACUGAUGAUCCUUUUGUUGACUUGCCUACUGCUUGA